AUGACCGAGACAAGCACAGAUCUUUCCGCGACAGGCGUGGGUGGUUCUUCACCUGUUCAGUUCGUAACCGACCAGCUCGAGGCACCCCUUCAAGACAAAUGCACCUACCUCGUGGUCCAACUGCCUAAUGGGCUCGAAGCGCUGUUGGUCCACGAUCCAGAGGCCGACAAAGCUAGCGCGGCCCUGACUGUGAAGGUUGGCAGCCUCAACAAUGAUGAGGAUCUGCCCGGGACGGCGCAUGCCUUGGAACAUUUCAUACAGAUGGGCUCCGAGAAGUUCCGCGGAGCAAACGAAUAUCCAGAAUACAUACAAAAUAACUCUGGGCAACGCGACGCAGAAACGACAUUGAAAUCGACCACAUACUAUUUCAGCGUCUCCGCCCAGCCCGCCAACGGCCACGAACCGUCAGAUUUGAAUCCAUCUGCCUUGGAAGGAGGAUUGGACCGAUUCGCCAAUUGUUUCGUUGCGCCACUAUUGCUUGGAUCGAGCCUGGAUAGUGAAUUGAAUGUUGUGCACUCAGAGUACAAGCGGAACCUGCAGAACGACAAUUAUCGAAUUACUCAGGUGGAAAAGUCGCAUUCCAACCCCAAGCACCCCUAUCAUCAAUUCUCUACCGGUAACCUCGAGAGUCUCAAAACCCGACCGGAAUCCAAGGGGCAUGAUGUUCGGGAUAGGAUCACGAAGUUCUACCAGAACCACUACUCGGCGAACCGCAUGAAGCUGGUUGUGCUUGGCCGAGAGUCGCUGGACGUACUUCAAGGAUGGGUCGCCGAGUUCUUCUCCAGUGUUCCUAACAAUAACCUGGUGCCAAACCGCUGGAAGGAUGAAAAGCCCUUGCGCAAGGACGAUCUUGGCACCCAGAUUUGUAUCCAUCCUGUCAUGGAUGUAAGACUGCUGAGGAUCACCAUUCCGUUUCUCGAUCAAGAAGCGUUGUUUGAGUGCCAGCCUGGGCGAUACGUCAGCCACCUUGUAGGUCACGAGGCUCCGGGCAGCAUCCUGUCUUUCACCAGGGCGAAGGGUUGGGUUAAUCAUUUGGGCACCUCUUUCACAACUAUUGGUUCCGGAUCCGGUGACAUCUUCGGGUUGAAAAACUACAAAGAGAUCGUCAAGAUAUUCUUCCAGUACGUGUCACUCCUUAAGGAAGGAGCACCUCUGAAAUGGAUCUUCGAUGAGCUACAGAUCAUGGCGGACCACAAUUUCAACCACAAGGAGAAGAUUCGCGAAAUUCUGUUCACAUAUGAAACCAGUAUUCGCAUGCAGAAGCCUCUCCCGCGGGAGUGGCUACUCAGUGGAAAUAGUCGGUUGAGGAAGUUCGAUCCUUCUUUGAUCACAGAGGCUCUGGCAUGCUUGAGACCUGAUAACUUUCGUCUGACAAUCGUCUCACAGACCUUCCAAGACUGUGAUCGCACCGAAGAAUGGUACGGCACCAAGCACAGCCUGCAAAACAUCCCCCGCGACUUCAUGGAGGAAUUGGAGAAGGCCGCCUCAAGCACAGCCUCCGACCGACCUUCCGAUCUUCAUCUUCCCCAUAGGAACGAAUACCUUCCUUCGAUGCUCGAAAUUGGGAAGACGGAUGCCAAGGAGCCAACUCUGGAGCCGGCUAUGAUACGCAACGAUGACUUAACACAGACGUGGUUCCAGAAGGAUGACAGGUUUCUGACCCCCAAGGCAUCCUUUUACAUGAGUUUCCAAACCCCUGUUGUCUAUGCGACCGCCAAGAAUGCUGUCGAGACCUUAUUCUUCACCUGUCUUGUUUCAGAUGCGCUUGCCCCAGAAUAUUCCUAUGCCCAGCUUGUUGGUUUGCGGUACAAAAUCUGGUUUGAUGGUUGCGGGGUCCAGCUAAAUGUCUUCGGAUACAACGACAAGCUGGCUGUCUUCCUGGAAAAGAUUCUGAUCGUGAUGCGUGAUCUCGAGAUACAGGAAAAAAGAUACAAUGUCAUUCGGGAGCGCAUCGAAGAAUUCUAUAACAACUGGGAACUUCAAGCGCCGUGUGCACAAGUGUCAUCUGAGGUAGCCAGGCUCUGUUCAGAACGCGAAUACACUACGGGAGAGCGGUUGGCUGAGCUGCCAAAGAUCACUCUCCAGAGUGUACAGAAAUUCAAGGAGCGGAUUUUUCAGGAGCUGCACAUCCAGUCCUACUGCAUCGGCAAUCUUUGUCAGGCGGAAGUCCGGGAAAUGACCGACAUGACAACCACCAUCUUACAGCCUCGCACGUUACCACCAUCUAAGAGGCCUGUCGUCCGCUCACUAAUCUUCCCCCCUGGAUCGAAUUAUGUCUACGAGAAGGUUCUCAAGGACCCCAAAAACGAGAAUCAAUGCGUUGAGUACUGUCUUUACAUUGGGGAUAAAGGCAACCCCCUAAUUCGCACGAAGACUAUGUUGUUUGAUCAAUUGUCCCGCGAGCCAGCCUUUCAUCAACUUCGAACCGAGGAGAAUUUAGGCUAUUUUGUCGAAAGCAAAACCAAACACUUCUAG